GGUUUCGGCCACACUAUAAGGACCAUUACCACAACACUUAACCAUCACUAUAGCUACGGCCAUCAUAGUUACUACCACUACUACAAACAUUACUUACUCGAAAAGCACAACUACAUCAAAACCAGCAACAACCAUCACUACAAACUACAACCAGAAUCAUCACACUCUAAACUACAACCCUCCACCACAACCAUUACUCAACCAUCACAACCCCUUUUUCUAGCCUUACAACUCAAAUCCCACAACCACAGAAACAACCAUGACAAACAACCCCUAACUACUGACACAACCACUAUAGAAAGUUAGAAAUGACAGCAACUAUACCCAAGUACCUGAAUACAGCCACUAAAUUGGAAUACAGUUCAGUAUCACUAAUUUACUCGUAAUUAGAAAAUGUUCGCUUGCAUGGCGACACCCCCAUGCUACCUACUCUCGGAUCUUAAAGUGCCGCGGUUCCUGAGAAACGAGCUACCAGACGUGAGAGUUGCAGAUGUCUGGCCAUCGGGUUGUAUGGGGAGAGGAGAGUUAUCUAGAGGCAGUGAGGCAGGAUGGAGGUUUCCGCACAGGUGCUGGAGGCGGCAGGUCAGCUCACCCAGGCGGUGAAAACCACGCUUGAUCCGGCAGUUCCACAUACAGUCAGGCUUGCAUCUUAUAAUCUUUUAGAGAAGAUAAAGGAGGAGAGUGAAUUAGCAGUGGGCUGUGGGUUCCACCUGGCUCACCGGGACAAAGAGCCAUUUGUUCGCCAUUUGGGACUCCAGCUGUUAGAACAUGUAAUAAAAUAUAAAUGGAAUGAUUUAUCCGUCCAACAAAAAGUCUAUAUCAAGGAAAAUACAAUGCAGUUGGUGGCAGAAGGGACACUUGAUCUACUUUCUGAGCAACUAUAUGUUAAGGACAAGGUGUCGCGUCUUGUUGUAGAGAUGAUGAAGCGGGAAUGGCCACAGCAGUGGCCAGGCCUACUUGAAGAGCUUCAUUCACUUUCCAGUCGUGGUCCUACGCAGACAGAGUUGGUGCUGUAUGUUUUUCUGCGAAUUGCUGAAGAUGUGGCUACGUUGCAGAAUUUAGAAUCCAACCAGCGGCGGCGUGACCUCUAUCAGGCGAUGACGGCUAAUAUGGAGAGCAUGUUUGGAUUUUUCCUCUCCCUGUUGGAGGAGAAUUAUAAGCAAUAUAAAACAAAAAUGAACCAGCAAGAUUCUCAAGCUGCAUAUCAGCACUGUCGAGUGAUGCAGGUGGUACUGAUGACACUGACAGUUUACGUGGAGUGGGUGUCUGUGCAGUACAUAUUCUCAGAGGAUGGGAAACUCUUACAAUCUUUGUGUUUUCUACUGGGCCAGGAUACUCUCAAGAUGGAAGCUGCAGAAUGCCUUUUGCAGAUUGUGAACCGCAAGGGCAAACCUGAUGAUCGGCGUCCAUUGCUACUGUUAUUUGGAGAGGCUCCCAUGUCAGCAGUGUUUAAUGCAGCUGACCAAGCAGUUCUGGGCGAACUUAGCGAGCACAACUACCGAUUCCUCAAAACACUUACACAGGUACUGACUGCUCUUGGCUCACAACUGUGCACACUGUGGGGAAAAGAGGCCGGUGUGGGGGAGCCUCCAAACUUUCGCGUCUACCUGGACGCUAUGCUAGCCUUUACCCGUCAUCCAAGUCUCCACAUCUACAACUUCACCAAUGGCCUUUGGGGGCACCUCUUUCGUCACGAAUAUAUUCCACAAAGUAAAACGCUGCAAGCUAUCUUGCCUUCUUGGAUAACAAUUGUAUCCCGUAAGGUAAUGAAACAUGGCUACCCUUCCAAGAAUGAUUCUGAGAGCUGUCAGUAUUCACGCCUUGAUUUUGAUAGUGACGAGGAGUACUCAUAUUUCUUCUAUAAGGUUCGUUCAGAGACCCUGGAGACAAUUAAGAUGGCUUCACUAUUAGCACCGGAGACCAUGUAUGCAUUUGUAGAGGAGUGGCUCACUGGGCAUGUUCAAAGAGCUGUGAACACAGGGAACGUUUCAGAGAAGCAGCUUUGUAAUCUCUUCUCGCCAUCAUACCUGGAAUGGGAGGCCUUAUCUCAGGUUGUGGAGAGCGUGAUGAGCCGUGUAAUGAAGAGUGAAGGAUGCAUGCCCAAUGCCGAGAGUGGUCUGCAGCUGUUGCGUCUCUGUUUAUCCUACGAGACAACUGAUCCUCUUAUACUGUCAACUUUGCUUUCAUGCAUUUCGGGCUUGUUUGUCUUCAUAAGACUGGUACCCAGUGUGCUCUCUGAUGUUCUAAAUAAGAUCUUCUCAGCCUUAACCUUCUCCCUACCUGGACAAACAAAGGAUUCACGAAGUAGAGCAGUGAAAAAUGUUAGAAGACAUGGUUGCUCUUUGAUGGUUAAAAUUGCUCGUGGAUAUCCUGAUAUUCUCCUUGAAGCGUUUGAUUUUAUUAAUGGUGUUGUUGAUAGUUUGAGCCAUAAUAAACAAGAGCUGUCACAGAUGGAAAAGGUGACUUUACAAGAAGCGCUUAUGAUAAUUAAUAAUAAUUUUUAUGACUUUGAUAAGCAGAGCUCUUUUCUUUGUAAAGUUUUGAGUCCUGUGUCUGUUAUUUGGAUUGGUAUGAAACAGCCAUUUAGCUCUCCAUUAGAUUUCAUGUCAUUUGUGGGUUUAGAUAAGGCUCCAGUAGAGCCCAGUGAGAAUGAUGUUAACGGACAGAACAGAGCUCAAAUCAUAUACUGUGUUAAUUUAACAUUAGCUGUGAUAAAACGGUCUGAGUUUCCUUUAGACCCUGAUAAAGCAGAACGUGGGGGAUUUGUCCUUGAACGUUCAGAAAAUGGAGCACUAAUGUGCCGUAAUCCUGCCACACCGCAUGUAAUGCCCCUCUUCCAUCAACUGUUUUGCCUGCUGCGGCUCUUCAAUAGUCUUUGGCAUCCAGAAGCACUGGCAUGUGUUUCACCAGGGUAUGCCAAAGCCCACAACCUGCCGGAUGCUGAGAAAAACAAUAUUUUGGGGCUUGCCACUUCAAAUGUUGCUGAUCCCUGUAUUGACUCUCCCAAGGUUCAACAGCCUCUUGAGCGAAUGCAGUAUUUCCUGUCCAUGAUGCAUGAUAAUUGUUACCACAUCCUGGGCAAUGCUGGAAUGUCAUUGGGGUUGCAGUUUUACCAACACACACACCUAGCUGAGUACCUGAUACAUUCGUCUCUAGCAAACCUGCAUCUCAUCCCUGACUACCGUCUCCGCCCAAUCAUCCGCACCUUCCUCAAGCCAUUUAUCCAGUGCUGCCCCCCUCAGUGCUACCAAACGGUGUUGCUGCCCAUCUUGAAACAUCUGUGUCCAUACAUGUUGGAAAGGUUAAGUACUCGAUGGGGUCAUCUAACAAGUCUAAUAGAGAGUGGUUCCUAUGAGGAGGAAAACACAGACACUCAGGAAAUGCUAGAAGACCUCCUCAUACGUAUGUUGACCAGAGAGUUUGUUGAUUUGUUAAAGAUAGUGUUAAUCGGAGGUCCCCGUGGAGGAUGGCAGGACUCUCCAGAUGGCAUGGAAGCAGAAAUGGAGGUUCCUACACCUGCGGUCCCUUCGGUUAAUGAGUCUCUCUCUGAAUUGGGGAAGCUUGUUUUGGGUUGUGACAUCAUCUGCCAAGCCAUAGUGACGACACUUCUCAAAGUGUUGUGGUGGCAAGACAGUGGAGCUUGUUUGAAAGCAGUAGGUGUGGUGGUCCAUGCGUUACGUUGGCUAGUGGGGGAAGGACAACACUUGAGUCCGGAAGCAGUGCGGCAGGUGAUGCUGGCGAUUCUACAAGGGCUACACACCCACGGUCAGCACGAUGCAAACCAGAGUGCCUUACUUUCUCUUGGGCUGGCCACUUAUGAGAUGUUUAGGCCUCACUUUCCAAACAUCAGAGAGGUCCUUGUUGAACUUCCCGGUGUGUGCGCUGAUGAUGUCCAACGUUUUGAAGAGAAGCUUCUGAAUCCCACGCAGAAUCCUAAUACAAAGAACACCAAGGUGGAGAAAAUUAAGAAAGAUUUGUUUAAGAAGCUGGUUAUUGAGAUUGUUGGCCGUAAUGUGGGACAGGCUUUCAAGAAGGAAGUCCAUAUGAACAAUCUUCCUCCAAUGUUCAAAAUCCCUCGUCCAAAGCAACCUCGUGUUGAUGAUACUGAUGCCGACAUUGGAUUAUGCACUUUAUUCGGAUCAGACGCCCAAGAUGCUAAUGGACAUCAGGUUGUCCCUACAUCAUUGUAAUAAGGAAAAUAUUUUAUGAACUAACUGCUAAUCUGGCAGUUAAAGGAACCAUGCUAAUUGCUGCUGGACCAGAAGGCUUAAUUUUCUAUAUACACCAAUGGGACCCUGUUGUGGUCGGUAGAUGUCGUGAGGUUAUUCAGAAAAGCAGUAUGUUGCUAAAACUUGAGAAUGCAACUUUUUUUGUGGGAAAAAACAAACUUAUACAUGGAGAAUGUUGGAAGUACUGUAUGAAUGAAAGCUGAAGGAAAUUGCCAUACUUUUGCAAUAAGUAGACUAUCAUGCAAAAUUUUUCAGCAGGCUAAAUCUGUCGCAAAGAGAAUGGAGUACAUGCACAUUUUUUUCUAAAUGAAGUAGUUGCGCUGCGUGAUGUGCUGGGUGGUGGACUUGAAGAGUUUGCAAUAAUUGACUGCAUUUAUAUAUAUAUAUAUGAAGAGAUGACUAGGGAAUAUAUGAUAUUUUAGAUCUUUGGUGGGAAUAUUAUUUUUUUUUUACCAGAGAUUAUAGUCUGGUUUUAAUCAUUUGUCUUUGUUAAUAUAUAUAUAUACUGUAUAUAUAUAGUGUGCAUUUUAACAAUUUCGGGCUCUGGGCGAGCGAGCACCCCCACUAUCCCUGCUGGUUUUGGACCUUUCACGGGAGCGCGCCAUAAUACUGAAAAGUGUGUACUCUUUUCAACUUUGUCACCUCAAUUCUCAUCCUAGGUUUUUCAAUUUUGUAUCAUUGUGUUAGCAAUAGAAUGCUCUACAGGAUUAAAAGCAUAUAAACUCCAAAAGCCUGGCUUACCACCCGCAGCAUACAGAGAAAGUGAAAGUGAGUUACCCGGGAGUUCAUAAGAGCAAUAAAAUGUGUACAUUCUUUUCACUUUGGUCACCUCAGUUCUCAUCCUAGGUCUUUCAUUUUGGUAUCAAUGUGUUCGCAAUAGAAUUCCCAACAGGAGUAUAUGCAUUUAAUGUCAAAAACCGCAGCAUGCUCCACCUGCUGACAAGAUGAAAGUGAGCCAAGGUUAUCCGCAAGAGUUGUUGUUUUAGAUUCAGCUACUCAGAACAAAAGUUCCAAGUAGCACGGGCUAUGGUGAGCCCGUAGUGAACUUAACUGGCACAGGAGCGAAGCUGUGUAUGUCCACAAGAGAGCAUUGCGCCGCCACAAGGCGUGCCCGGCAUUACAUUACAGAGCACGGUAAUACUGAAAAGUGUACUGUAUACUCUUUUCAACUUUGUCAUUUUAAUUUUCGUCCUAGGUUUUUCAAUUUGGUAUCAAAGUGUUCGCAAUAGAAUUCUCUACAGGACUAAUUGCAUAUAAAG